AUGCUUGAGCCCGAAUCGUGGAUGGCGGCAAAGGGGGAGGGCGUCCUGGAGAUCAAGUGCCCUUACAAGGCCAGCCCCGGCAAGCUGGGGCGGCUCAAGCUCAACGAGUACUACAUGCACCAGGUCCAGACGCUGAUGCAGAUCCACGACCGUGAGUGGUGCAACCUGUUCUAUUGGAGCGAGGAGCAGGGCAGCUGCAUGGCGCACAUCAAGCGGGACCGCGGCUACUGGGCGCUGCUGCACCAGGUGAUGGCGGACUUCUGGUGGCGCCACGUCGUGCCGGCGCGCCUUGCGCUCAUUUAUGGCGGCGCGAGCGAGGAGGAGGUGCGGCGGCGCUACUGCCCCGACAACAUCCACCCUUACGCAGCCCAGGUCCGCGCCCUCAGCCGGCGCAUGCUGGAGGAUGCGCCCAAGAGGUACUUCUCACCGGAGCAGACGCGCGGCGAGGAGGCCUGGGCCGGCAUUGAGCAGCGCAAGCGGGACGCGCUCGCGGCGCUGCAGGGGAACGCCGGCAACGCGGCCGGCGCAGGGUCGGCGGCUGGGGUUGACGCGGGGGCACCAGGGGUGCCCGAGGUUGAGGUGUCGGAGGACGUUUUGGAUCUUGCAGAUCAGCUUGCUGGGGUGGCGGUCGCGGAGCUGCCGCCGCAGUAG